AUGUUACUGGGUCUAUUGGGAAACAGCAUGACGGAAAACGUCACACUCGCCCUUACUCGACUCACCUGCGUAUUGAUUACGAACACCCCUUACAACCUACGAUGCCUGUCUCGGUUUGAGUUCCAGCUUGAUCUCCGACUACCCGCAGUAGCAUCUGAGACAAAUGUGACGGUAUCGGUAGCACUCGUGUCUGAGCCUGAGGAUGUCUGUCGUAAGAUGUGCCAGCGCGCACGGAAGCGCGCCGGUGCAGAUGGAGAUGACCAUCUCCACGAUCCAUUAGGAACCAAAAUGGAAGGCGUGGAAAGCAUCUCGAGGCUCUUUCCCCGCCUUGAUGUCAUGCUCUCCCGCUACGACGACCAACAAGGCCGUCCCAGCGCGCGCCACCCGAGGGCGUCAUUAAGAUGGGUCCGGUCCUUGCUGCAGUCCAUCGGUUCCAAGAUGACCUUUUUCCUUCACUUUAUCUUGACGACACCACACCGACGCUAG